CGUGCGCUGACGGUCACUAGGCGUCUAUCAGCUCGCAUUCACAUAUUUACCGCCAAUAUCCGCCUACGCACUACCCGAGACAGUUCAGUUGGUCGAUAUUAUAUCGUUUUUGCCGUUUAUCGACCGCCGUUGAUUUUUGCGUAUAACCAAACGAAAGGGAAAAAAACCCUCCCAAUAAAAUGACGACCACGGCAAUAUCCAACAGUAACGGCACCGAAGUGGUGAGCCUGCUGAUGAAGAACAAACCACCGGCGUUAAAGAUCCUAUCGUGGAAGGAAGAAAACGAUUUCGACGGAUCGAGCAACCCGAAAACGCCUAGGACGUCCACCACUCCGGGUAUGAUAAUAAUAUUAACUGCAAUUAUAUUGAUUCAUCGAUUUAACCGCACGAAUAUUAUAGCUUAUGUGUAUAAUUUAUAAUUUCGAUAACAGAUGAUAAGUAGGACUUACUUAGAAAAUAAGGUGAAUAAAAUAUAUUUUUGGUGGAAAAUACAAAUAAUUUUUUCUUUUUUUAAACCAAUCGCGAAAUUAUAUAAUAUGUUCACAGGUCACGAGAACUGCGCUUUUCACCACGAUUUGGAGCUGGAUCACAAGCCACCUACCCGGGAAGCUCUCUUGCCUGAUAUGACGGGCUCGUACAAGAUGCUGUUGAGCGCACUUGGCGAAAAUCCGGAACGUCAAGGAUUGCUGAAGACCCCGGAGAGAGCUGCCAAGGCUAUGCUGUUCUUCACAAAAGGCUACGAUCAGACGCUAACAGGUAGCUAACAGCUUUUUUAACUUAUACAGCAGCGGAUUCAUUCAGGAUUUAGUCUAGGAGGUCUCGAUCCCCUCCCCUUCCCAGACAUUAAUAUAAUUUCCAUAAAAUGUCUAAAAGACAGUUAUUGAUUGAAAAUAAUACCUUUGAAAUACACGAUUUCUUUGGACCCUCUUCUCAGAAAAUGUUGAAAACCGGCCACUACUUAUUUAUAAACUAUACCUACAUAGAUAUAUCUUAUCAACUUUUUUAUAAUACAUUAAUGUAUUAAUAUGAUAUUAUAUUACAUCCUUACAAUAGUGUGUAAAAGGUACUCUUUUUUUUGCAUAUAGGUAAAAUUAAAGACACUAUUUCAUCUAUAUUUUUUGUCCCUUUCAACAUUCGAUUAUAAUAAUUAUAAAUAAAAUAGUAGGUUUAAGAGAAAAUUUGUUUAAAAAAAAUUUAACAAGCAAUAAUUUACCCUGCAAAUAUAAUAAUGGGGCGUGGCCAUUGCGAUUAUUUAAAUUAAUAGGUUUCUUAAUAUCUACUCUUAAUAAUAUUGUUUAAUUAUUCAUUUAUUUAUCGUGACAAAACAAAUUUGAAAAAUCGAGUUUGAAGAAGAAGAAAAAAUAUGAAUUAAUCUCGAUCAGGGAGAUAUCAAUGUGAUUUCAGCCUUUAGGCACGCGGUGACGGGCGAAUAUCAUGCACAAUGAUAGUGGCUUAUUUAAAUAAUAUCAUUUUGAAUAUUUAGAGUGGAAAAACAUAUACUCAAUUGUAUUUCAUUCUUCACAUACAGUGAGUCUAUACAUUGAGUUUUAUGAAGUUUUAUUUUUCUAUUGUGACAUCUUGGGAAGUAUUAUCUAACAUUUUCGAAAUUUUUUUUUUGAAAAUCUAAAACAAAGAGCUCUAAAAUGUUACAUUGCUAUUAUUUUUACCGUCAACCUAUUAACGACUACCUACUUUGGAUUUUCAAAGAGUGACCUAUAUUAAAAAUUCCAUAAAUAAAUGGAAUAUUAGAUACAAUACAUUUUGGUAUUGCAAUCGUUUUAUUUCCUUUUACCCGUUAACGAAAUAUUCCACUUAUAAGUUUAGGCAGGGGAGAGUAGUGGAGUAUCAUUUAUACGAUAGCAGAAUUCGUGGCGUUUGAUUAGUACUAUUCACUACAUUCCAACUUAAACUAUCCAAAACUUAAAAGUGGAAUAUCUCUAAUCAAACAUUUCAACAGCAAAAUUUAUUUUAAUUAAUUCCAUCUAAUUAUACAAUUUUUAGUAUAAGUGGCUACUUAAAAAUCAAGAGUAGGUAUCCCCAAAAAUUAAAGUGACAAAAAUUAAUAAAUACGUAACAUUUGAGAGCUGAUUUUUUCUUAAACUUUCAACAAAAAAAGUAUAUAAUUUCUGAGAUAUCGCAAAGGAUGGAACACCCUCUAAAUGUAUACGUUCCAAAGUUAAUAUAUUACUUGGAACAUUUUGUUUUUAGCUAUUGUUUAAAACACUGCAUUAAAUAACUAAGUUAAUCAAACAGUAUACUAAACAAGCUAUUUAAAAUAAUUGAUCUAAAUAGCAUAAAAACCAGUUGCUUUAACAAGAAGUGAAUUUCACUUGGAAGUGAAAUUUUAUAGUAUCGAGUAAAGAUUUUUAUAAAUAAAAUAAAUUAAGCACUAUCUAAAAAAUAAAAAAUAAAUAAAUUAUUUUAUAUAGUAUUUUAUAGCGUAGUAAAUAAAAUUGAAGAUAGAUGAUACCAAGAAUUUAAAAUUCGAUACUCAGUACUCGUUUUAUUUCGAUACGCGAUACUCAAUACCUGCAUACUCAAUUUUUGAUACUUUUGUUUAAAAAUAAAAACAAAAAAAAUAUUUAUAAAUAUUCUAUCAUUAUAACAUUAUAUUUAUAAACGUAUUAAUCAUUAAUUUUAAUUAAUAUUAUAAAUAAGUAGUUGAAAAUUAUUUAGAAUUUAAAUAUAAAAACACAAAUUAUAAAAUAAAAAAUACUAAUUUUUUAAAUCAAAUCUAUUUAAGUACUAAAAUUAAUAAUACAAAUAAUAAUUUUAACAUAGGUAAUAAAAUAUUAAAUCGCUAUAAAAAAAAUAACCUCGAUUUUGAUAUUCAAUACCGUCUUUAGUAUAUUGAAGGCAUCAAGGUAUCGAAUCGCACAUCAUCCUUAGUUAGAAUUAUUAAUUUUCAUCCAACACACCCUGUAAAAUGUAACUAUAUACGAUAUAUAUAUAUAUAUACAAAAUGUAUAUAUAAAUUUACAAUAUAAAAAGAAGUUGAUACUGUCGAUGGGUGUGCUAUACUGAUAUAGAUGGGAAGUUGGAAAGGUUUAUAAGAUACAUAGUAUAGGUAAUUAAUUUUAACGAUCAUUUACUAUUGAAGAUAUACGAUUUUAAGUGAAGUUCGGUUAAAUAUAUUUUGAAAUACUGUGGUUUUUAUAAUUUUCGUCAUCAUUUGACCUAAAAGGCCUAUAAAAAAGAUAUUUUAUGUUUAACUUUUAUUUUCUAUCAUCAAAUACAACUUACAGGAAAUCAUGUUAAAUUUUCAAACAUUUUGGAUUGAUCAACAAAUUAUACUCAUGUAAAUAGAAAAAUAGUACGCGAAAUUAUGUAAUUUGUAUGAUUUCCAUUUAAAUGUAAACUUUUGAAGUGUAGGUAUAUAAAAAAAAUAAUCACAUUUGUUUUACCAUUCAGUAAACUAACUUAUGGCUAACCCUUUACAAAAUCUUCAAGCAUUUCUGAUCAGCCUAAAUAAUUUUAUCUAAAUAAAAACUAAAAAAACUCGAAAAUGUCAAAUGUCCAUAUAUAUAUUAAAAUAUAUAAUAGCUUAGAAAUUACUAGAACGUUUUGAACAUUUUAUUAUGCCUAGAAAAAAAUCAAUAAACUUCAACAAUAAAACCAAAUCAAAAAUAAUGAAACCGUUAUUUCACUUAACUUUCCGGUUUUAUUAGGUUUUUCUAGUUGUUGAAAAAAAACUACUUGGAAAUUAAAAAACAAUUUUUCAUGCACUAAUUACACAACAUUUCCUUUCAAAAAUGGUUUUAUACUUGAAUUUUGGAAAAACCUUUCUGCUAGGAAAAAAAUAAAAAAAAUAAAAAACAAUGCAAUUUUUUUAUUGCUGUACAUUUGCCUGUUUUUCCUACAUACGAGUUUUCCGGUUUUCACAAAUAAAAUGCAAACUGAAAGGAAAAUAAAAAAAAUGGUAUCCUCGAUGUACCAAUUAGAUCUAAAAUACUACCAAAAAGCUCUUACGUAAUUUUUUUGAUAGGAGCAAGUUUUUCGGUAAAAAAGUUAGUAACUGACAGAAAAAUAAAAAAGUAAAUAUCAUUGUAAAAUUAAUACAUUCAUCGCUGUGCUUAGAAAAUAAGUAUUUGAAAGUAACAGCGUAAAAUUUACUUAUAUCCUAGCUAUACCAUGGAUCAUUUGAAACUAAAAUGUGUUUCAAACAAUAAGAAAAUCAUGGAAAUACAAACGGGCUUAAACAAAAAAUAUUUUUUUUUUCAAAAUCAUGACUGUUAGGUACGUUUCGAAUAAAUAAAAUAGAAUAUAACAUUAUGUAAUAUACCAAUUGAUGUCAUUCGAUGUAUUUUCAUUCGGUACUGACUAAUAUUCCAAUGAUGUAUUCGAUAUUAUAUAUUAUUUUAAUCCUUGGAUAACCGAAAGUAUUUAUUAUUUGUUUUUAUCUUCACUAAAUGAACGAGUCGUUUUAAUUAAUUAUUACGUGAUGUCUUUUUUUACUAUACAUUCGUACACGUGUGUUUUUUAAUUUUAUAUCAUUAUACAAAUUAAAACGAUAAGUGUCAAAUGCGAUUUGAAAGGUUCAACAAAACGAUUUUAUUUCUUUUUCCUUAUCUUAGCAGUGAUUCUAUAAAAAAUAUAUUUUAAUUUCAGUCUUAUACCUACCUAUACCUACAUAAUAUUAUUAAGUGCUCUUUUGUACAUUACUGAAUUUAUAAUUUACACGUUUAAAAUUUAAUCGAAAUAUAGAUAGUUAUUAUUACCAAAUGUCUACAUCAUAUAAAACAUAUGAAAACGAACAAAAUGUUAUCACACGUGCUGUACCUAUAUUGUUAAUAUAUAUAUAUAUAUAUAUAUGUAUAUAAUAUGAGACCAGUUUAACGAUAAAAAUGUAAUUUUCAGAAGCUUAUAAUUAAAAAAAAAAAAAAAAAACCGUUUAGGUGUAUAGUGGUUUGCCGUGAUAUAGCUUUUACUAUCACAAAACGACUUUCUUGUGUCUUUGUGUAAGAUAGUAUAAUAUAUAAGUAGUGGCAUAUAAACAGCCUUAUACUCUGUGCUGCAGCAAUUAUAUUGUAGCUAUAUUACAGGUAGGUACGCAUUCAAAUUCAGUUUUAUACGAACGUUGUAAAAACAUAUAUAUCUACGACCGUCGUUUAAAACAACCUUUUUUUUUCUCGUGAUAUAUCAUUAUAAGUAUUCCCAACGAUAAAUAAUAAUAUUUUAACCUUGAUAUUAUUAUUCGUUUUCGACCCGAGAAAUCAUCGUUGCCCGGUACACUAUUAAUAUUAAUAUUAUAUAGGUAGUAUAAUAGAAAAUACAAGUACCUAUAUAAUAUCAUAUUAUAUUAUGCAGGUAUAUACGGUAUACCUAACUAUACUUCAUCUGAUUAUAAACAGCAAAGUGUCGGAGAUUUCGAAAACGUUUCACUGUAAUUGAAUUCGUCCCGUUUUCUAGAUAUACUGUAGAAGCGGUGGCUGUCUCGACGAUCGGUGUAUAUAUAUAUAUAUAUAUAUAAUACAUAUAAUAUGUGUAAAAGGCUUCGGUUUAUUGAAUAAUACAUGAAUAUAAUACACCUUCGUAACCCCGCCCUUUUUUUUUCGCGCCGCGACCAACGUCGUUGAUCUUCAAAAUACGCUCGGUUUUUAAGUGCAAUACGGUGUAAUUCGUUAUGCGUGUCGGGUAAAAAAAUUGCGGUGUACGUAUAGGGCCGAAAUCCGCGUCAUCGCAGUAUUAUUAUUGUUAUUAUUAUGACAUAUUAAAACCGUAUAUCAGGUUGCUUGUAUAUGUAUAUUAAAUACCAAUAUAUAUGUAUACCGAAAUGGACGUGACGUGACUCAUCAAAUUCGCAUUAAAACAAUUGUUUCGGUUCGUGUAUCCCGUUGUAUAAUACAAUAUUGUAACAUCACUAUUAUAUUAAUAUUAUAAUAUACGAGUAUAUUAUUACUUAGUAUGGAUAAGUAGUGAUGAUAUGAAAAUGUUUUGAUUUUGGUCAUUUUGCGCACACUAUGGUAUAAUAACUAACAUAAUAUUGUAUUAUGCCAUUUAUUUGAUCUUUAGAUUUUGAAGAAUGUAUUGGUUUUACUACGACGCAUGUUCAUUUUUAUUUAUUUUUUUUCCAUAUGUUAACGGCCUUUUCUACCAGAUACCUUUAUUUGAUUUUUCUGCAAUGUAGCAACUUUUUUUGACAACAAGUUUAUAUUUUAUUGAAGAGGUCAUUUUAUCGAUUUUUCUUGUAAAUUCUUUAAUAAUUGGGAAAAUCCGGGGAAAACGCGGGAAAAAUAAAAAUAUAUGCGAAAUAUUUCUAUUAUUUUAGAUUUUAAUUUAUUACUGUAAUAAUGUUCUAGACAUAAUCAUAGAGAAUUUAAAUUUGCGCAGAAAACUUCCACCUACUGGCUUUUUAUAGACGUAGUAAAAUUUUAAAAUCUUUCUGGAUAUUUUUAAGUUAUUUAUAGCUAUUUCAAAUUGUCAAUUGUUCAAAUUCUUUCAGUUUUAUUGUGAAUAAAAUUGUUUUAGCUGAGCAGAAAUGCUGAGAAAUUAUUUAAGAAGUUCAUCAUAAGUUGUACUUCGUGGUCAAAAGAACAACGUUGAUGAAGUUUCUUUUUACAAACGUUUUAAGUUCAAACGUCAAUGGAAAUAGUGAAAAUCACUGCCUUUCGUAUACAAUUUUUCGUUUUUUUUUUCUUCCUAGACUUGGAUUACCAUAUAGUAAAUAGUUAUAUGUAUAAAUAUAGAAUUUCGUUAUUUUACUAUUUCUUGCCAGUAUACAUUUGUUUGACCUUUACUGGACUUUGAAAGAAAUUACAUUUUUAUAUAAUUAUUUUUUUAGUACUAAUUAUAUAUUCAUAAACUUGAGCCACGAAAUAUAAUACACUUGAUUAUUUAUGUUACUUUAUUUAAUAUUAUACGUAUUAUUAAAUCUUCAUAAUUAUUUAGUUUUAUGCAUUUACGUUUCAUUUUUCAUAAAAUCUCAUUUUAUUUUUUUCUUAUUUUUCAUUAAAAAAACGAAUUUAAAUUAAUUUGCAAAAUUGGAUUUACAUAUUCUUUUUCAUAAUACAGUGGGCAUCAGUUAAAAGAUUCGCUUUGGGAUCAACGCAAAGUGGGUCUUAUAACCAAAUGAACCUUAUAGGCGAAUUGAAGAAAGGAUAAAAUGUAUUUGGAUAUAUCUGGACCGUUCCAAGUAAUUUUGAAUCUAAUAUCCGUGGGUCUUAUAAUCAGUGUUAAAUGUAUUGAUAAAAGGCUUCCUUAAAAAAAAAAAUGUAUUUAAAAUAAAAUUUAUGAUGUAUAAUUAUAUCAUUAUAAUGAAAACAUAGUUAAAUUCACUUGGUACUAUAUUAAUAUAAUAGAGAAUUUUAUUUUAUGCUUUGUUAAUAUAUUUUAAUUUUGAUUAUAUUAUAUUUUAAGUAUAGUGUUUAUGGAUAAUGUAUUUUCUUUAAAACUCGACUGUUAACUCUUCUAAAUGUAAAUAUGUUUCAUUUAGCCGUCAAAAAAAAUAAAAUUAAAACCAAAUAUAAUAUAAAUUUAGCACACAAGUUCUAAUUAAAAUUAUUAAGUAUAUAACGAAGUUCUUGACACGACUUUCCGGGAAGCUUGUAUAUUUAUUUAUACCUAUUCGAAUUUCAAUAGUAAUAUUUCGACUUGCCAUUUCUUGAUAUAUUAUAAAUUCAUAAAUUACUUUUAUGGAUUUUAAAUAAAUAAGUCUUAAAAGUAUUACUUUAUAAUUUUAGAGCUUUUCGUGUUUCUUGAAGUUUGACUUUUUUUAUUUUAAUCAGUUUGGUUACUUAAAUUAAAUUUGAAUUGAAUACACUGACGUUUGAAAACUUAGAAGUACUUGCAAGGUUGAAUUUGUUAAUAAGGAAUUUCAAAUUGAACUAUUUUAUUUUCACAAUUAUGUUUUUAUUUUUAUCCGAGUUAUAAACAAAUUAAUAUGUGUAUAUGUGUUUGGGCGAUUUUUAACAGUAUAUUUUUCCUCUCAUUUCGACAGACUUGGGACUGUUCGUGAAUUAAACAUUUUUAAUCGAAAUGUAUCGUUUAUUUCAUUUUGCAGGAAAAAUGUUUUUUAUUUCAAGAUUCAUAUUCGGUACACUACUUGUAACAAUUAAUAACCAGGUAUUAACAUUAUAAUGAGUUCACACUUCUAAUUUACGAACAAAAUUGUUAUUUAUAAAAAUAUAAUUACUAAAUUUAGUUGAAUGUAAUACUUAGAUACAAGAAAAAAUCACAACUUUCGUUAUCUUAUCUAAUUGAUGUUACAGAAAAGCUAAUUCUGAAAUAUUAUGUGCAGGUAUUCUAUGGCAUUUUUAGUAUCUGCUGUUUACAAUUGUAUCUUUUAAAUUUUACAUUGUACCUAUCAUACUCACUCAAUCACAUUAUUAUAAAUUUGCUUAAAAACAUUAUAAUAGGAACUCAUCCAAACACACUGUUUUUAUUAAUCGGGAAGAAAGGUAAUUCACCCAAACACAUGACUCAAGUAGAAUACAUAGAGUUACUUAAUUUAUAUGAGUACAAAACGGUAAAUUAUUUCUAUCGAAAAUUAUUCUAAACAAUGUUUGGUUAAACAUGUUUUUAAAUGUCGUAAUUUUUAAGGUUUUCAUUAAAAUUUGAACUUAAAAUGCUUAUACAAAAAACCUACUACAUUACACUUGAAUUUUAAUAUUUUUAACUACCAAGUACAACUUAUGUUGAAGCUUGUAUAAGCAUUUCUGCUCGACUAUAACAAUUGUACACACAUAAAAGCAAAUAAAAACUAGAAAAUGUCAAAUGUCUAUUAUUGCUUAAAAAUUGCUCGAAUGUUUUGAAAAAGUUACUACAUCUAGAAAUGGUUAAUAUAUUUUGUAUUUUGUUAAAGUUUAAGUUCCGUGAUCAAACUUUGAUCAAAUUUAUAUGGAAUCCCAUAGUGAUCUUUCAAAAAAAUAUCUAAACGUAUGUAUAUAAGUAUUUAUUGGUAUACGCAAAAAUACAUACAUUCAUAAAAAAAUAAACAUACGCGUUGAGUAUAAACCCGAAACCUCCUCUUUUUUUGAAGUUAGUUAAAAAUUUGGAAUAAUACACGCACAUACAACAUAAUAUAGUAUAUACGAUAUACAUUAUAACUUUAUAACAAAAGAGUUAAUCUACUCAACUCAAUAACCCAUUAUUAUGUAAUAGUUAUUUAAUCGUAUAUAGUUACGCAUAAUAUUUUAAAUGUUUAUUGUUUUACGUAAUUGCAGUUGUUUUAUUUUAGAAAGACAAAAUCUAUAGGUGACCAUCAACACCCAAUUUCUCUAUAGAUGUAUUAUAUUAUAAAAAUAAUAUAUUAUGAAUAGAAUAGUAUAUUUCUUAAUCGUAUAUAGUAUUCAAAAAUUUAAUAAUAUAUUUAAUUUAUCAACGUCAUAGUUUAGUAUCUACAACCUUCAUAGGUACUAUAAUAUACGUGUGUGGGUAACAAACAUAAUAUUUUGCGUAAUUCUUGUCAAAGGGCGGGAGGAGAUUCAAGAAAAUUAAAUAGCACUAUAAUUAAUUACAUCGUGUUCAAUAAUAAUAUUAGGUAUAAUAUUCACGGAUUAUAAUUACAUUGCGCUGUACUAUCUUAAAAUAUGAACUGUGCAUUCAUUAGUACUCAGUAAUUCAAUUUUGACGUAAAAUAAUACACUUAGACAUAAAUAUUUUACGUACGCUGAAAUGAUACGACUUAAAAUUAUCUAUUUAAAUUGCAAAUCUAUUAAUAAUGCAUUUAUAUGCUGUGCAUACGACAGUGUAGAGGUUUAUAUAGAUAUUAAAAUUGGUAAUCUUUUAUUUUAUCUAGAUCAACAUUUUGAUCACUGCAAAAAAUAUAAAUCGUUUAAGUGGGUAAUUAUCUCGAUAAAUGAUAACUGAAAACAGCUGAGGGGUGCUGCCAAAGUUUUAGGGAGGAAGUUGGAAGGUACGAUAUUUAGAAUAAUUUUGUUUAGAUCUGUACGCAAUGAUGAACUAUUAAUAACAAAAAACGAUACAUACUGAGCAGAGUAUUAUUAAUCGCAUUUUUUAUCUUAUUCCAAGGCAAUCCAGUAAUCAACAAAAAUUAUAUAACUAUUAGCCAGUUUUUCCAUUUAUUAAGAAAAAUGAAAAUAAUUUUUUUUAAAAAAAACGUCGUCUUAUAAUAUUAUUCUAGAAUAAUAAUCGGUUUGAAUGUACGAAUUUAACUAUUGAUUUUUAAAAUUAACAAACCAACUCAUAUUUUUGAAAAUUAUUUGGUACUAUACAUUACCUAAGUAUACUUAGGUAACAUAAUAAUAUUUCUAACAUUUUAAUGAUUAUUUUCGCUAUGUGCUUAUUAUUUUUAAAUAUCGAGAGUUCAACAUUACUUAUCGUUCUAUUAUAAUAUAGAUAUAUAUAUAUUUUUUUUAAUCGUACAAUAGUGUUAUGGAUAUAAGUAUUUUAUCCGGCUGUAUCAAAAAAUACAAGCCAUAAUUUUCAAUUAACGCAUAUUUUAAUAAACAUAAAAUCCGGUGUAAUUUGGAUACCAACUAUUAUACGAUUCGUGCAAUAGCCUUGGGCGAAAUUUAACGUGUCAAUGUUAUACAGAUAUUAAUAAUAUUGUUUAUACUACCGAGCAAAUACAUUCUAAACGCAUGCCGAUAUGUAAAUUGUAAUGUUUGAAAAACAAGUGUCCCGAAAGGCACUAAAGUAGUUGGUACUUACCCGUAUAUCUUAACAUGAUCCAUGAUCACUAUACACCUAAGUUAUAACUUAGUAGGUACGAAUUUAUACACACACAAAAUAUAUAUGUACACGAAACUAUUAAACUACCUGUGCGGUUAAAUAAUUAUUAACAUCCUUCAAAUAAUAUAAAUAUAUGAGUAAUACGUAAUUACUUAAUUUCAAAUACCACAUGUACCAAAAUAGACUUUUAAAAUCAUAAAAAAAAUACAUGAAUUUAUUUUAAAAUACGCAUUUGAAAAAAAUAUCGACUAUCGGCUAUCAUUUUAAUUUAACAUGUACCCAUUUGUAUUAUUCAUUUGUACUAAUACAUUUGGCAUAUAAGAUACAAAAAAAAUCAAAUUAAAAAAUCACCAAUGAACUACAAAGCCUGGUCACUAAAAUCGAAUAUAUUUUAGAUUUUAAGUGCAAUGAGGAAAGCAUUGAUUUUAUUAUAGGAUGUGUGCUUUUUAUAUUUGUCUGUUAACAAAUUUUCUACCAGAAAAUAUGCUCAAAUCAAAAAAUGUCAAGAGAUCUUUUUUUUUUUAUUGAACUUGGGAUGUAGUUAUUGCAUUGAAGUGAGCAUUUUUUAAAUUUUUUUUUGUAGUCUUCCUAAUAAUCAGGAUAACCUGGAAUAGUCUAUAGGAAAAACAGGAAAAUGUACUGUUUUAAUAUUUUAUAGUUUAAUGUAAUUUGAUUAAAAAUUAUCGUACUAAUCUGAAAAUUGUCCAAGAAUUACUUUUAUAGACGUAAUAAUUUUAUAUAAAGCGAUGCCAUAAAUUUGUAGCAAUGGUUACGGUAAUAGUGUAUAUUUAAAUAAUUCAAAUGACGUUGAUGAGUGAUGGUUUACUAUACAAUUAUUCAUAAAUUAAUAUGUGGUUUGUUGUAAUUUGUUUUAAAGAAUUGCCUAAACGAGUUCUGCUUAGAAUCAUUUUUUUGUUAGCAAUGAUUUAUUGUUGAAUAUGAAUAUCAAUUAAGUAACUUUAUGUAUGUUAUCUUCACAAUAUUUUUUAUAAUCUAUCUAACAGUUAUGGUCACUAGAAUCGCUCACUGGUGUUAAUAAUAAUAUACUAUAAUGGUACUCAGUUAAAUCAAAUGUCUUUUAAUUUAUGAUUCGUAUUCACUUAGCACCCGUUAACCGUUAAUGAAAUCGAUAACGUCAUGGCACGCCGUAAAUAUUUCCCGUUUUACCUAUAAUUUUCUCUCGGAUUUUUCCCAAUUAUUUUGAGAACCCCUUAGAAAAUAAAAAAAAAUGACCUCUUCAAUACAUCAACUAGAUGACACCACCUUUUAUAAAAAACACUAGAUACUUCGAAGCAAUAUUUCUGAUAGAAAAAUUGUUGACGGGCACAAAAAAAAAAAACGCAUCAAAAUAAAGCCAAUAGAUCCCUCGCUACGGUUCGAAUCUAAAAAAAUUAAAAUGUUAUAACAAUAUUAAUAACAAUAAUUCUUAAUAUUACCUAGAUAAUUAAAUAGCUAAAAGUGCCAUUUUUUUUUUUUAUUUUUUAGGAAGACUAUUGUAUUACCUGAAAGUAGUUAGUCAAAUAUUUUUUGUUUAAAAAAUGUAUCAAAGUUUAAUGCCUUCAUUGCGACGACACUCAAAUCAAAUACCUUAGUCACUUCAUCUUUUCUAUUGUUCUGAUCUGAUUAAUAAUUACAUAACGCUUCAAGCCAUAUUAUUUUGCAGUAAUAUAAUAUUAUAUUUUAUUCACAGGGAUGCGAAAUAAGUUUAUCGGUUCAAUGUAAUAGUAUUGCGUUCAAUCAUUUAGAAAGACGAGUUAUGGAUUUAACGUAUAACAUACCUGUAUUUAUAAAAAAAAAAAAGUAAUAGACAAUAUUCUCCAACAGGAAAUUAAUAAUUUUCUGCACGACGGUUAUUAUAAUAUGUAAACGAUAAAACUAUAUUUAUUAAGAAAAAUAAAUCUAAUUCCAAUAUUGUUCGAUGCUUAUUGUGCUUAUAAUACACCCGUUUUAUAUAUUUUAUUGGAACUUAAAUAAAUGUAUUUUUCAAUAUAUAUAUAUAUAUUUAGGUACAUAUCGACCCGAUAAUAAUACUGAUAAACCGUCUACGCACUGUUACCUUGGCAACGGCAAAUUGAAAAUUGCCGUCAUUUAUAUAAAACGAGGCAGAAAAGCUUUUAAAUCAUCGUACUUUAGAGAUAUUAUUAUUGUAAAACGUUCGUUUGACUAUAAGUGGUUGUCGACGUUAUGAUUGAAUGGCAGCCCAUUCCCAUCCCACAGCACUGUCCAUCUACUAUAAUACUGCUUUAUUAACAUAUAUAUAUAUAUAUAUAUAUAUAUAUAUACUAUAUUUUCAAUACGAACGAUUUAAUAUAGUUACAUGACCUAUACUUAGUAUAAUAUUUAGGUAUAUGUUCUUAUUAAAAACCUAAAUUUUAUUAUGCAAACCGUUUUUUAAGAUUUUACAAUUUUAUAGUUAAUCAGUGUUUAGAUAAAAUAUAUCAAUUAUAGCAAUAUUCAAUAAUAAAAUAAAUAUCUAUUAGUAAAUGAUAAUAUAUUAAUUGAUAUAACAUAAUAUCUACUAAAAUACAGCGUCUGAAUAAUAAAGUGACUUUGUAGUUUAAUUGCAAUAUUAAUAAACCAUACAUUUUUUUUAUAAUAUAUUAUGUUCAAUUAAAAUCCAAAAUAGAUUUAUACCGAAAAAUGUUUUUGGUGUGUUUUAUUUCCCUACAUACAGAAUGAUUUUCUUGAUCAUGAACCAGCAAUUAUUUCGGAUAAUUUUAAGUGAAUAUGAUUUCUGUUUUUUUUUUUUGUAAUUACUGUGGAAUCGUUUAAAAGGACUCUACACCCGUAUCAUUAACUGUCUCCAUCUUUCAAACGCGAGAUAUAAUCAAUUUUAAAUUGAGGUAUUUCACAUACUCAUAUCUCGCUUGAAAAUAAAAAUAUCGAAAAAACAUCAAAGCACAUGUAAUUUUCUUACAUUUAAUUUUGACAAAAAGUCAAUUUGCUUUAAUAUUAAAACUAAUGGCACAAAAUGUGUCCUACUGAACGCAAAUUUUUUUACCUGUGUCUUGCAUUUGUAUGAUGGAGACAGUAAUAGAUGCGGUGUGACGUCCUUUUAAGUUUUAUUUUAAAACCAUUUCUAAUUUUUACCUAUACUCCAUAUACCUUAAAUAAGUACAUACUUUUGGUUUUCAAAUUGUAAGUCACCCUUUUUAAACACAGAUUCAAAUAGAGAAUAAUAUUAGAUUUAUCAUUUUUGAGUUAGAACAGUUUUAAGUUUAGACCGGAAGCGUAGGGAAGAGUUAUCAAUUUAUCAUUUAAAAAUAGAUAAUAUGUAAUUUAUUACCCUCCCCUACUCCUCUAGUCUAAAUUUUAAACUGUAAUAACUCAUAAACUGUAAAUGUGAUAUUAGAAAAAUACAUAUCAAAAUUUGUAGAAUAUGUUCUCUAUUCAAAUCAGUGUUCAAAAAAGAGAGUUCCUAUUUGAAAAAAAACAAAAAUAUGUACUUAUUAAAGGUUUAUGGUGUAGAGAUAAAAAUUAGAAGUGGUUUUACAAUAAAGAUUAAACAAUUUUAUAAUGAUUAAAAAAGAAAAAAAAACAGAAAUCAAAUUCACUUAAAGUUAUCCGAGAAAAUUGUUGGUUCAUGAUAAAAAAAAAAAUCACCUGUACGUUUUAUUGUCAUAUAUUUUGAAGGUAUGCUUAAUAAAUUCGCUUUUGUAUAUUAUAAUAUAAUAAUAUAGUCACGUAUCGUUUUGUUUUAUUUUUUUAUUGUGCAAUUUUAAUGAUUACACCUUAGACUGGGUUAAGUGUAUAAAAUUUCGAAAUAAAAUGAUUAAUAUUAAUUACCAUCAUUGUCGUAAUUAGAUGUAUUUCUAAUUAUACGAUUCGAUUCUUAUGUGCACAGGAUGGUUGACAUAGUAUAAUAUUAAUAUAUAUUUUAUGCAACAAUAAACAGUAGAAUGGCUAAGAAAUAGAAAAGUGUGUUGUAUCUAAUAUAUUAUUUUAAAAUAAGAACAUCGCGUCAUACCCCCACCUGUUCGUCCAUAUACUAGCGUAUUGAUUAUAAUCAGUGUCUUUAACUAUUCGUUAUAUUAAUGACGAUUAUAGAUAAAAAUAAUAAUUUAUCUAUGACCGUAGUAUUAAUCACAGUAUAAAAUAGAUAAGUCUACUUACUAGUAAGUAGUCUCUACUUACUAUUAUCACACAUUGUUUUAUAACAAUAUAACAUUGUUUUAAAACGUCAUGAAUAAUAAAUUUAAUUAUUAUAUUUCUAUGUUAUCUAUUAUACAUGUAUACAUAAUACGCAUUAUACACAUUUUAUUAGAUUCGGAUUGUAACGAGGGAUUUCAUUAGUUUUACUAUGAUAUGUGUGUUUUGUUUUUUGUCUUUAAACAACUUGAAAAGAAAUAUUGCUCCAAAGUGUAGCCACUUUUCUGAAACGAAAUUUUGUCUAGUUGGUUUAAUAAGGAGGUAAUGUUUUGAUUUUCCAAGAAAUUUUUAAAAUAAUUGAGAAAUACCUGAGUGAAAAUUGUAAGUAAAAUGACAAAUAUCUAUAGCACGUCAUGGUGUUAUUGUUAACAUUGUUUUUAAUUUAUUUAUACGAUAUUUUCUAUCAGAAGUAUUACUCCGAAAAAAUGACUAGAGAUAGAAUUUGUUCCUUUUAUUUUUUAAAUAUUUCACUAUUAACAGAUAGGUUUUUUUUUUUUUUUGAUAUCUUAAGUUGUUUUCAUAACGAUUGAGAAAAACCAAAAAAAAAAAACGAUUUUUUUCCAAAUUACGAAACGAUUUCCUUAUUUUAAAUUUUUAUGGCUUCUACAAAAAAUAUUGCUCCAAUUGAAAAAUGACAACAGAUCUUUUUUGUUGAAUUUUAAAUCUAAUUGUUGACAUAGAAAAUUGUUUUUUUAAUAAUUGAGCUCAACCGAAAAAUAUGUAGACAGAACGGACAAAUUUACGAAAAUAUUUCUCUUAUUAUUUCAAAGAUUUUUUUACAUGUAAUUUAAUUUAAAAAUAUUCAUAGAUACUUUAAAUUUUGAUAGAAAACACUUAUAUUUGUUUUUUCUAGACGUGCUAAAAUUUUUAAAAUAUUUGAGCCAUUUUUGAGCUAAAUAUAGACAUUUAAAUUUUGCAAAUUUUUAUGCAAUUUUUAUUUUAUAGGUACUCUGUGGAUAAAAUUGUUGGACUAAACAAAAAUACUUACAAAUUUAAUAGAAUGUUUAUUCUAUGCCGUACUUAGUAUUCAGAAAUAAAAAUUGAGUGUAUGUAAUAUUUUUUUUUUUUCUAUAAAAGUGAUACAAUCAAAUUUUGACGACAAUCGUAAAUAUUACAAACUUUUAAAACAUUUAUAACCAAAUCAUUUUUCGUUAGCAAUGGUUUAUCGUUUAAUUAAUUAAUUUUAUGUAUCCAAAUUUUUCAACUACCCACUUACAUUAGUGGCCAUAUCCGUAUCCAGUAUUUUUUACUUUUUUUUUACUUGAUUUUAAAAUUAUGAAUUUGGUUUUUUAUAUGUAGUCUAAACGUUUUAACCUUUAAAAAGUAUACUUGUCAAAACUCUUCAUAAACAUAGUAUUGAAAAAUGAACACAAAUAUAAUAUAAUAUACUAUGAAUCCAAUGAUACAAAAAAAAAAAAAACUCCUAAUCUAAUGACUGACAACUACAACUAUAAUUAGGAUUAUUUAUUAUAAACAUAAAUUGUAAUUAAUGUAAACUUUGCUGUUUCCUGCCACAGUGGUGACCGGUUCUGAGUGAAUUUCGAAAUUUAAUUACGUACAGAAAUAUUUUCCAAUCCAUAUAUUAAAGUGCUUCGGAAAUUAAACCGAAAUGUGUUUUAAUACUCGUAUAAUAUUUAUCUAAAAACGGUCAAAGUGGCGAUUUUUAUAAUAAUAUUAAAAUGUUAUAAUAUUAUAUCUUUUGAUUGUAUAUAAGACUGCAAUGAAAAUCAAACGAUUUUCCUAUUUUUUAAUUUCAAAUCAAAAUCAAAUAUAGUAUAUUCUCUUUGGAAAUAAUAUACGAAAAUGUUUUAUUUUUUUUGGAGAGGUAGAAGGGGAAUACCUAAAACGUCAUACCUACGCGUUUUCCCGCUUUGUUAAGUUGCUCGCAAUCUGCCAAUACUGAGUAACAUAUUAUAUUAUAAUAUACCGAUACCUAUAAUAAUAACAACUGUUAGUCCAUAAAAACCUCGACCUUGACAGUAAAAAAAAAUAAUUAAAACCUAAUAAACUAAGUACGGGUUAUUAUAAAAACCAAGAGUUACCCAAAUAGGGAAAAUUAUCGAAUAUUUUAUUCGAUACAGACAUUCAUGUCAUUAUUAUACCUACCUGGUGUUGUUUCGGCACAUAUAAAUAUUGUAUAAUCGAUAGACUAUAAUAUAAUAAUAUUAUAGCAAUAAUAUUUUUUUGUUAGAAGUAUAAUAGUUUAUUGCCGAGAUUGCUUUUUAAACAUUAUACGGAGGUAGUAUAGAGUAUUUUACAUUUAGGUACCUAAUAUUUCGCCCGUCCCUUAAAUUGGAUCAAAACUUCCAUUGUUAGCCUCGUAUUUAUACCCGCACAAAGAGACCAAUUAUUAUAACUUACCUACUUUGUAAACGAAUUUAAACGAUAUCUGAGGGUGACAUUUGAUAAAGAGCAGAUGUACACUUCAAAAGCAUCUACCUACUCUGUAUGUUAAUUUAUAUAUUAUUAUAAUAAAGAACAGGCGACAUAAAAAAGUCGUUUUUAAAGAAAGACGAUGGUAUAACUUUAUUCUUUUAUAUUUUUAAAAAUUGAUUAAUGUAAAAACAAGCACCAAGAGUUUUUUGUUUCUUAUUAUUUUUCUAUAAUAACGCAUUUAUUUGAAUAACUAGGUGUGUCUUGUCUUAUAAAUCAAAUGCAAACUCGUCAAAAUCUAUUUUGAUUACUUUAUCGAUUAAAAAUAAUAUUUAAUUAAUAGAAUUAUUUGCUUUAUAUCAUAAUGUAUUGAAUUCUCUAAUAUGCGUUUACAAGUUGGCUGUAUUACCUCCCCAUAAUUAUAUUAUUAUCUAUAAUCUAUUAUCUAUAUGGUUUUUUGGUGACUUAUAUUGUUAGGUAGGUGUAUUAUUAUAAUAUACUUUAAUGUACACAUUUUUCAAUUAAGCUCUAAAACAGAUAAUACGACAAACAAACUUAUUAAAAUGUCAAAAUAUAAUCUGUAUUAUGCAGAGUUUUAUUUAAAAGUUGUAUUAUGCAUUUUUUUUCAAUAUUUGGUCUUUUUUAUCUGACAAUAUAUAUAUAUUUUUGUUAUACUAUAUUGUAUUUUGACAUAUAUAUCCAAAAAUAAAUUAAAUAAAUAAAUAUAUGCAAUAAUACGGCUAUUCAUAAUAUAAAUCACUUAAUAAACUAAUACCUAUAAUACGUUAGAGAUUGUCGAUACUCGUCGGCUGAGUUUCCGAUUUUCAAAACAUAUAUAUGUCCAAAAUAUUAAGCAUUUUCUUGCCUUGAGAUUUAAAUUAGUUUAUAACUAUAUGGAUGUGCCCAAUUUUAUAAUCAGCGGUUUUUUAAUUAUAAGUUCUGCGAAUAAAUACUAAUUAUAUAACUCAAAUCACUACAUCGGAAUAUUUAUAUCUAAACCAUGCUUCGUUACUGGAAUAUUUUCGAGAUUAUGGUUGUAAUAAUAUUAUGUUUAAUGUUUAUUGUGUUUCAGAGGUACUCAACGACGCGGUGUUCGACGAGGACCACGACGAAAUGGUCGUGGUAAAAGAUAUUGAAAUGUUCAGUAUGUGUGAACAUCAUUUGGUUCCUUUUUAUGGAAAAGUCUCUAUAGGAUAUUUGCCGAAAAACAAAAUUUUGGGACUGAGCAAACUUGCUCGUAUUGUGGAAAUGUUCAGCAGAAGACUUCAAGGUAAAAUCACUAAAAUCUAUAUACCCAAGUGUUUUAUAUAAAUUCACCAAUAACAUUUUAUAACUUUAUAGUUAGAAUACUAGAUUUAAAAAAAUUAAAAUUGAGAAAAAUGUAUUAAGAAAAAUUAAUUGGAAAAAUGUAUUGGGGAAGAGUGAACUACAAUCUCUGAAAAUACCUUAUAGUUUAUAUCAAUAGUGAAAACCAAAGAGACAUAUUUUACUCACUUCUUCUCUAAGUACCGAAUUAUUAUUAUAACUGUUAUUGUUAUUUAAACAUAUUAGAUGAAUAAUAAAUACAUAAUAUAACAACAAUGUACUACCUACUCACUACUUUUUAAACUAAAUUUAAUGUAUAAUACUUAUAUAUUAAAACGUCAUAUUUUUAUAAAAUAAAAUUGUUACUUAUUUUUAUGCGUGUUGCUAAAGUUAAGGUAACCCAUAUAUCAACAAAACAAGUUCGAUUUUCGUUCCAAAAAAAAAAAAUUCUGAGUGAGCCACAAUUUAGAAGUUAAACUUCGAGAUAAAAGUAAACUUCCUAGGAUAAUGGGGACGGGUGCAUUCACUGUAACAGGUAUUUUAAUAUAUAUCCGUUAUCAACGAUAAACCAUUGCUAACGAAAAAACGAUUCUGAGCCGAGUUUAGUUGAUAGUGAUGCUUUGUUAACUGUAUAUAUGUCAUGUUGUGGUAAAUUAUAAUAAAUAAGCAUUUUAUAUUAUCUUCAAUAAUAUUUGUUUAAUAUACCGAUUUCCCGUGUUUUUUCCAGGUUUUUCACAUUUGAUGAGAAAAUUCUUGAAAAAAUCGAUAAAUUACCUCCUUAAAGUAUCUCCUUAUACUAAUUUUCUUUCAGAAAAGGCGCUACAUGUAAAAAUCAGAGCAAUUUUUCUGGUAAAAAAGUUCUUUGUAAAACCAUAAACUUCUUUGCUCCACUCAGAAUCUAAAAUAUACAACGACCUUCCUCUUGUUUUUAAUGUCAAAAUUGCAGUGUUUCAUAUAGAUCGGAAUAAAAUUGUACAUUAGUAUAAAAAGCCAACAAUAAUCGAAUUUAAUUUUAUAAAAAUAUCGAUCAUUUUUUAAUGCUGAAUAGUUUAUACAUUUUUUUUUUGUAUUUAACACGAUCAUACAGUGGUAUAGCUAAAAUAACUCUUCUAGCUCCCCCCCCCCUCCAGGUACGCAAAUUUCAGUGGUAUUAAUGUUUUCAAGUACAAAAACUUUUCACUAACUUGUAUUGGAAAAUGUUAAACGUAUCAUUAAGAACACAUACUCUAAAGAGUAACUAAAGUUCAAUUUUUUCGUUGAAUAAUUUAUAACUUCAUAAGUAUAAAUAUGUUUUAAAUUACAAACAAUUAAAUACUGGAAUACUCUAAAUAGUCAAAACUGUCCACCCAUAAAGGUAGUCAGGUGAUCAGAGUAAAAUUUCUGGUAUAAAAGUGGUUUCUCCUAUGUAAUAUUAAUUAAUAAUUCAUUACUGUACUCUCAGUGGUGUAGGUAUUGGUAAACAAAUGUGUAAGUACAUGCACCUAAAAAGUGUUAAAUAUCACUAAAAAUGAUAAAUUGUUCAGAUACAAAAAAAAUCAUUACAGAUCGUAGUAAAACUAACACAUUUUUCGUUCCGUUCAGAACCUAAAAACGCAAAGCUCCUUAGAGCGCUAAGCCGUAGGUAGGUCCCAUUUGACUUCCUUCGCCUUCCGCCCACCCUGGGAACAAGUGUAUUAUAUCAAGGUAUAAGUGAAAUUUUCAGGAAUUUUAUAUUUUAAAGAUUGCUGGAAUAAAUUAAAUUUCCGUUUUAUUUUUUAACAUAUUUUUCUUAAAUUUAAUUCACAUUCUUGUACUACUACAGUAAAAUGUAUUGUUUCGUGUGUUUUUAUAUAUGUGUGUGACAUUGCGAUGGUUCAGUUCAAGAGCGAUUGACAAAGCAGAUUGCUAAAGCCGUUACACAAGCCAUUCAGCCUGCCGGAGUUGCCGUAGUUGUCGAAGGAGUGUAAGUUGAAUUUUUUUCAGGAAGUUCUUUAUUUCGGUAUGUUAAACUUUUAAACAACAAUUUCAGUUAUUGCAUAGUGUGAAAUUGUUCCAUGACAGGAACUGUACUCAUAUUCGAAUAAUUUUUGGAAUUAUAGAUACAUUUACGAUUGGUCAAAGAACGCAAAAAACCUACAUAACAUAAAAUAUAUUAUAAUACAUAGACUUUUUUUCUUUUGGAUUUUGUUAUACUUUUUCAAUCUACAGUUUGAUCUUCUCGAACCUCUCAAUUUCGCAACACGCUCACGCGUAUUGUUAUACAAUCAAUAAAAAGAAAUGAUAUUGCUUAAGGAUGCGUUACUGUUGUAGAUGAAGAGUUAAGAAGGAAGGAUACAUAAAAUUAUUCAAUUCAUAUCUGAUAUCUGUAAGAAACGAUAAAUCAUUGCUGGCAAAAUUCUUUUGUAUAUAUAUAUAUAUAUAUAUAUAUUAGAUGAUUUAAUAAAUCGUAAUAUUUACGAUCUCAAAACAAUAAGAAAAAAAAAUAUUAAAAGGAACAAAAUCUAUCUCUAGUAAUUUUUCAAUUGAAGCAAGAUUUCUGGAAGAUUGAAUUGUUUGCAAAAUUUAAAAUAAUUAAAAUGGGACUCCAAAUUGUCGUAAAUAUUAAUUAAUUUUAAUUUUUUGGUUUUUCCCAAAUUGUUAUUAAAACUACUUUAGAUAUCAAAAAAACGAAUUUCGUCCUCAGUGGUUAAAUGUUAAUAGGAACAAAAUCAACCACUUGUCAUUUUUCGAUCAAAGCAAUAUUUCUGGUAGAAAUCAUAAAUUAGAAAAAUGAAAACAAUGAAAUCAGUAACGCCAUGGCACGUGAAUAUUUGCAAUUUUACCUAUAAUUGUCUUUCGGAUUUUUCCCAAUUAUUUUGAAAAAUCCUUAGAAAAAAAUGGCCCCUUCAAAUGCGCCAACUAGCUAAAGCUACCUUUCAGAAAACGUGCUAUAAUUGAUACUUCGGAGCAAGUUUUCUGGUAGAAAAGUUGCUCACAGUCACAAAAAAAAAUACUACAUUCCACUAUUUUUGUAUUUGGAGUGAAAUAAAGGUUUUUAUUUUUUCUUUUGUCUUUAAGCAUCUUUUUGAAGAAAAAGUUCGUUCCAAUUUAAAAAUGACAAAAGUUAUUUUUGGUGAAUUUUUAAAUCUAGUUUAAGAGAAUUAAUUAGUUUUACAUUUUUAAAUUAAUUUUCAUAAUAAUUGGAAAACCAGAAAACUUUAUAAAAUAAAAAGAGCUUAUACUGUGGAUGGAAACGGCCAUUGUGUUGAGGUGAGAAGUUGGGAAUGUAGGAUACAUAUGGUUAUUUCAUUUAUAUCUGUAAGUAACGAUAAACCAUUGAUAAGCAACGAUUGCUUGACAAAAGACGAUUCCGAGCGCAGGUCGUAAUUUUUUUUGCGAUUUUCGUUUAAAUUUGAACGCCUAUUAAAAAUAAAAUCCGAUGAUUUUGAAAAUUUUACCACGUCUAGGUAAGUCCAAUAUAACUAUUAUUACCAAGUUUAAAAUCUCUACGUGUAUUUAAAACCGAAUUACAGCAAAAACUCCCAAAAAUUAACAUUUCUUAAAUGCUUAAAUGUGGCUCAAAAGUUUUAACAUUGAUACCUCAAGAAAGUAAAUAACAAAAUGACCUUUUCAAAAGACAAUCUAGACAACUUGAGCUUUCAGAAAAGUGCUACAUUUAUACAUCGGAGCAAGUUUACUAAGAAAAGACGUAUCCACAGACUAGAAGAAAAAAUAUAAAGUAUUUUUUCUAAAAAAAUUUUUUGUCUAGUUGAUGCAUUAAAAAUCUCAUUUUUUUACUUUCCAAGGGGUUUUCAAAAUAAUUGGGAAAAAAUCGAAAGAAAAUUACAGUUAAAAUUGCAAUUUUGUAUUGUGCGUUGCGGAGUUACCGAUUUCAUUGUUUUUAUUUUUACAAAUUAUGUUUUCUACCAAAAAUCUGGCUCCAAUUGAAAAAUUACAAUAGAUCUUUUUUGUUAAAUUUUUAAUCUAGUUGGGGACAUAGAAAAUCAUUUUUUGAUUUUCUUUGUAGUUUUUUUAAUAAUUGAGCUAAACCGAAAAAUUCUCGUCAUAUUAGGCCAAUGUUUCUUUUGCUUCUUCCCUUCUCAAUGGAACAAUCGGUAAUCCAAAUUUACUAUCAACCAUAUCUUUCCGGGUCUCCGCUUACUCUAUCAGAACCUAUUUAUUAUUCCACGCACCUCAACAUCGGACCUCUUAUGGGUUUAACAAUCCCUUCCACCGCGCUUUGCGUCAACUAAAUGCUGCUUAGUCCGAGUUCUCUUCUCCGCUAGAUUUAAGUUACCCAGAUUUUAUUACCUCUCUCUUCUAGUUAUAGUUUAGUUUAAGUUUAUCUUCUACAAAAAUGCCAGUUUUGGCGUUGAAAUUAUAAAAUAAAAUAAAACAAAAUACGUAAACAGAACGGAUAAAUUUACGAAAAUAAUGUUUUUAAUAAAUAGAUACUAACAAUUACUGUGUAAUAUGUUUCAAUAACUAGUAAUUGUCUGUUUGUUUAUGCAGGCAUAUGUGUAUGGUAAUGAGAGGUGUACAGAAGAUCAAUAGCAAAACUGUCACGUCAACAAUGUUGGGAGUGUUCAGAGACGAUUCAAAGACUCGUGAAGAGUUUCUGAACCUAGUCCAAUCAAACUGAAUCCGUCGCUACCAGAUCAAUAUUAUUUUGAAUAGUCAUCAUCUUACUAAAAUACUAUAGUGGAUUAUUAAAAUAAUCCUUUAAAUAGCCCAAAAAAUACCUAAAAUUUAAAUAUUUUAUAAAUACUAUAAUACAAUUUAUAAUACAUACUACAUAAUAGUAUAUACAAGUAUGUAUGAAUGUGCUUCACACGUGUAAUAAUCAGGCCUUAAUAAUCACUAGAAAUUUAAUAAUAUUAUACUCGGUUUCAAAAUAGCAAAAAUUAUCUACGAACUUUAUACAUAUAUACGUUUACACUAGACUAUUUAAACUGGAUUAAAUCGGGAUCUGCGUCAUUAUUUGACUAAAUACAAUUGCGUGUAGUAUUAAUAAUAUUAUGUUAACUUUGGCUUAUAUCUUGACAGCCAGUAUAUUUUAAGGACUAUAAACACGAACUGAGGCGUGAGUGGAAAUAUUUUUGGAUUUUAACUAUCCCUAUUUAAUAUAUUAUAAUCUAUACAAUUAUAUAGAAAAAGCGCAAUCCUUUCGGUUACAGUCUCCGAUAUUUAGUAUAGAACAUCAGUUUCAAUUCAUGAUUUGUAAUUCAGUAAUAAAAUAAAUUAUUUAUUGAUAGUUGAUACUGCAUUAUUUCACUUUAAAUAAUUAUGUUUAAUGUUUAUAUUAUUUGUUUUUUAUUUUUAUUAAUUUUCUUUUUGUUAUUUUCUACUAAUUCCUGCAAUGAAAAAUUUGAAAUAGAUAUUUAACAUUUACUUUAUUAUUAUUUUUUUUUAAAUAACGGUGAAAAUAAUGUUUAAAUGUAUCAAUAUGAACUAUGAUUAUUUCAAAUUUUAAAAAUUGUUUCGUACGUUGCGGUCGGCGAUGUCUUGGUCGAAAUUGGUACCAAUACCUUUUGGUAGAAAAGGGAGAUUUAUAUUGGUGGAAAACGGUGACAACCUUUUGUUUUUAACCGUAUGCUAAAUCCAGAUUAAUGGUCAUGGUGUAAAUGAACAGAAAUUAUAAUGGAGUUUUAAAAUUUUAAAAAAAACAAAACAAAAUACAGGGCCUGCAUUUAACACACACGUUUAGACACCACACUACAUCACUCGCGUAAACCACAUCAACAUUUUGUACACUUUAGAUCAGAUCACGUCAUAUUAUUUAUUAUUAUUAUUAUUAUUUAUUUAUUUUAUUUUAUUUUUUUUAUUAUUAAUGACUAGACAUACGAACUUCUGUUAUAUAUAAUAUAUACGUUUUAUUUUUUUUAAUAUUGGUUAUUUGUCGGCCAAUUAUCAACCCGGUAGAAAACAGAUUUCUCUAUAAUACGAGUAUAAUCUCAUUAUUAAAAAUGAUUAUUGCCUAAAACCCAUUAUCUCAAGUUAAAAUUUUUGUUAAAUGAAUGUUACUGUCAUGAAAUAUUUUAUUGUCUUCGUUUUAACUGUGCACUACAUUUAAUAUUAUAUUAUAUAAAUACGAAUAAAAUAGUGUGUAGCCAAAUUGUAUUUGAAAUCAACAUAUAUUAUAUUAUUGCUUUGUGCACGGUUUUUUUUAUACUUUGCAUUUAUUAUUAUUAUAUUACAAACUAUUAUAUUAUAUUUAUUUGUGUGAUGAAAAAAUAUACAAUAUUAUUAUAUUA